GCAAGCGCCGAGCGAGCAGCGAGCGAUUUAAAGCGCAUAGGAUUCCCUGGGCCUGGGUGGGGAGAGCUAGCUGGGUGCCCCCUCCGUCCCCCACCCCCAGCGCCCCAUGAGCCGACCCUCGGCCCCAUGGAGCCCGGCAAUUAUGCCACCUUGGAUGGGACCAAGGACAUCGAAGGAUUGCUGGGAGCAGGAGGAGGAGGAGGUCGGAAUCUAGUCGCCCACUCCCCACUGAGCAGCCAUCCGGCGGCGCCGACGCUGAUGCCGGCUGUCAACUAUGCCCCCUUGGAUCUGCCCGGCUCUGCAGAGCCGCCGAAGCAGUGCCACCCAUGCCCCGGGGUACCUCAGGGGGCAUCCCCAGCUCCCGUGCCUUAUGGCUACUUUGGAGGCGGGUACUACUCCUGCCGAGUGUCCCGGAGCUCGCUGAAACCCUGUGCCCAGACGGCCACCCUGGCUGCCUACCCCACGGAGACUCCUGCGGCUGGGGAGGAGUACCCCAGCCGCCCCACCGAGUUUGCCUUCUAUCCGGGGUACCCCGGACCCUACCAGCCUAUGGCCAGUUACCUGGAUGUGUCGGUGGUGCAGACCCUGGGCGCCCCUGGGGAGCCCCGCCACGACUCCUUGCUGCCCGUGGACAGUUACCAGCCUUGGGCCUUGGCCGGUGGCUGGAACAGCCAGAUGUGUUGCCAGGGUGAACAGAAUCCACCGGGGCCCUUUUGGAAGGCGGCAUUUUCAGACUCCAGCGCGCAGCACCCUUCCGACGGCUGCGCCUUCCGCCGUGGCCGUAAGAAACGCAUUCCUUACAGUAAGGGGCAGCUGCGGGAGCUAGAACGUGAGUAUGCGGCUAACAAGUUCAUCACCAAGGACAAGAGGCGCAAGAUCUCGGCGACCACCAGCCUUUCAGAACGCCAGAUUACCAUCUGGUUUCAGAACCGCCGGGUUAAGGAGAAGAAAGUUCUGGCCAAGGUCAAGACCAGCGCUACACCGUGA